AUGGUUCAAGACCCGACGUUGGCGGCUUGCUUGGGUUCAGGAAGUAAUGCCACAUUCCAGUUCCUAGGACAGCAAGUAGCCGUUUACGGUACCGAGUAUGGGCAGGGUGCAACCUCCUCGUAUAGUAUCGAUGGCCAAAUCAUCUCUAGCCACACGUCCCAAGGGUCAGGCGUUGGCGUUCUCCUCUUCCAUUCCGAUGUCUUAUCGGAUGCGAUACAUACACUCGUCAUCAACGUCACGGCGGCUUCGGAAGCUGUGCCGUUCACCUUUGACUGGAUCGAGUACAACAGUACUGCACGCGGUGCAUCCCAGACAGCGACUAUCGCAUCCUCAAUUUCUACCAGUCUUUCCUCCCAGACUCCGUCCCUCCCCCCAUCCACCUCCAUGGAGGAUCCUCCCAGUGCAUCACAUAGCUUGGCUACUGGUCGUGCCUCGAAGACGUCAGUCUCCACCGUUGCCAUCGUUGGGGGUCUCGUAGGAGGCUUGGCGGGGCUGACGAGUAUCAUCUUGGCAUUGGUCGCACUGCGGAAUCGACGACGACGGCGCAUGAGUGGGCCUACGCAAUACUCUUACGGAGAAGUGGCCCAAUACGACACAGAUAACUUUGUCGUACCGGAGCUGGGUGCGGAGCCUCCAGCCAUAGUAGUCAUACCAGCAGAUGACACAGUAUCUAUGCAAGCUGUGUACAUCUGUAUUCCUCCUGGCCCCAUUGACAUCCCGAGCACGGCUUUUGCGACAUACAUCCUGGACGGCAUCCCGGCGGGCCCCAGCUACUAUGUACCACUCACGGACCGUAACUUGUUUAUUCCUCGGUUCGCCCACUUCACAUCGGAGGAGAUGCUUGCAAUCCCUGGAGGAACGCAUAACCUGACCAUAGAAGCGUCCGCCACCCUCGAGCAUCCUUACCUCCUCGACUAUAUCGUGCUGUGGAACAAAUAUCUAGGCCCCAAUCAAACCUAUCCGGACAGUCCUACCUUAGUCUCUACUCUAUCAGCUCCCCCGGCCUCCGGGACAGUUGCAAGCACCGGUCAAACUGGAGUUACUCCAGUGGUGGGAGUGUCGAAUACCAGCAUACCAUCGCCUUCGAGCGUCCUCUCUUCCCCCGUCGGUUCAGCGCCAGUAGACACGUUUCCCUCCGCUUCGUUCCAACCUUCCUCAAGGUCCCCUGCCACGUCCUACAUAGCCGGCGCUAUAGCAGGAAGCAUAGCAGCGGCUGCCGCGUUCGUGGCUGCGAGCUUUUUUGUAUACCGCCGUCGGAGACGGGGUAAAGGAACAAAUGUCCCUACAGACGACAGUUCUAACGAGUGUACAUACCCAGAUCACCAGCCGCUCAUGGACGAAGCACAAAGCUCACGAGUCGGUGCGAUGGGCACUGCGGAAGGGCAUCUGCACGAUUCACCCACCGACACACCGCUAGGGUUCUACACCUCGCUCGUGAGACAUGAGACUGACCGGGGGAAGGUCAAGGAGAUUCACUUGAAGCCGUCUCGGUCUGAUUUGAGCGACUAUUUCGGCUCACAUCCGGACAUGAGCAUGGAGCCUCAUGUUAUCACCGAUGACGCUCCGGCGGAGACUCUCCCAUUGUACACCAGGUCGUCCGGUGGAGAGUCUUCCCAAAUGCUGGAGUAG